GAGUUGCGCACAGAGAUAAGCGAGCAAUUGGUUCCCGCCCUGCUGCCGCACAGAUGUCCCGUGUUCCCAAGGAGCCGCUGGACCGGUGCUGACCGAGCUGUUGACUGGGUACUCUUGCUCGCGCUGUGUUUUGACCUUCUGAGCGAGGUUGUGCCCCGCUGGGCGGACAUGCCGGCAGAGCCUCAACAAGCAGAUGCCCAAGCUGCCCGAGCUGCCUCGGAUUCAGCCUCCUGGGACGAUUUUUGCCUUGAGUUGGUCAAUGUGGAUGCUCAGCCAGCUCAGCAGGCGCAGCCCGUGCAAGAGCCGGUGGAUGACGAGGAGCAGGGCCCAGACCCUACAGCAGCUAUGGAUUGGAGUGAGUUUAAUUAUGCCAUGAAGAAGAAGGCUGGGCAUUUUGCUCGGAUGCGCCCCGGCGGCGUGCUAGCGUUGUUUCGGCCAUGCUUGAAGGCAUGUAUGGAGGCAGUGUACCAUGCCUUCUGGGUGAGCAGCGAUUCCUUCGACCAUUUUCAGAUGACCGGGUCGAGCAACGUUCGCUGCUACAAGAUACUGGAGGAGCUGGCGGGGAAAAGUUCCUUGCGGUUCUUCGAUCAGAUCAAAACUGUGAUGUCAUCCAUCCCGAUCCUGCCGAAGUCCUUCUACACCAGCAACAUGAGGACACUUCAAUUCGCGAUGGCAUCGAGAUGCGGAUCUUCCCACUACCAGUUGUUGGAACGUUUCCGGUACCCCACCCAACUCUUCGCUGCGCUCCUGGGCAGCUCUACGUUGCAUGACGCACCGGAGUGCAUGUUGGACGAGCUUUCGUACAAAUUCCGGAAGAAGUACACCAGAAGCGAGCUUCUGAAGCCGGAGGCCCAAGCCUGCCUUCACGGAAUAGCCACUAUGUGGGACCUCGACAUCUGUGCCAUCGAGGCUCGUCACGCAUCUAUCCGUCGGUUUGUCAAUCUGUUCUCGAACCAGACCACUGGGCCAGAUCUUCCUUUUGUCUCUGCGAAAUUCGUGCUGCAGCAACAAUCCCUGCAGAACCUUGCGUUCGCUUCUUCGCAGAUGCAGCAGCAGAGCCGAGUGGGACGAAAAGCGCGAGCUCGAAAGAAGACUAAGAAGACAGUGCCCGUGGCAAAAGAUCGGCCUCGGAAGCCAAAGCGACGGCAGCCUGGAGGUGCGUGGAAUGCUUUCCAGCAUGUCAGGUCGAUGGGUGUCCGAUGCAACAAGGAGAUUGGCAGACGACUUUCAUUGGAAUACAAAUCCUUGAGUGAUGCAGAUGCCUCCUACUUUCGAGAGUUGGGUCGUGCAGCCAAGAUCGCGGGCAUCAGUGGCUUCAGACCCUUCCCCCAGGCACAGCGGGUCAGAAGCCAGGCUGUUGCAGUGCUUCCGGCACAGGAUGCAAGUGGCUUGAAGGAUGCUCUGGUUGCGUUGCAGUCUCAACUGCGCGUGGAAAGUGCCAACCGGACGCAGAAACAAAGGCAACUGCAAGACAGCGUUUGUGAGAUGUCUCGCUUCGAUUUUCAGCCGGCCAGCACAGGAGCUUUGUUACGGGACUCUUUGGCCUUGCAGAAGACUGACGAGGAACAGUUCAAGUGGUGCAAGAGCGGUCUGGCCACUGUCCAUUGG